AUGCCUUCCAUCAACCGGCCCAUGCCACCCAGCAGCGGCGAUCUAUCGAAGCGCCGACGCUUCCAACCUCCUAUCACGACAUUCUUCACAUCGGCCACACAGCCAACCGCUUCUGACACUCCUGCGGUGUCACACCACCACCACUACGCUGCGGCAACCUUCUCUGCCACCCCCGUCGUCCCGGCCAAAGUACAGUCCUCUCUUAUGUCUGUCGGAAUGCGGGUCCGCAAAGCCGUUGCCGAAGGAUAUAAAACCGACUCGAGCAAGUUCGAAAUAAAGCCUGUCGCUCAGGCCUAUGGCACUCAAUCCUACAGACCCUCUGAGCUGCCUACAUUUUCCGGCGCUAGUAAAUCCUCAUUCGGUCAUGAUCAAUAUCUCGUAACCGAUGAUGGUGAUGCCUUCUCUAUCCCAUCAAGCAGCCAAGAGUCGAAUUCCUCCCUUGCUCUGGGUGGUCAAAAGCGUGCUUUGGAAUUGGAUACGGAUAUUCUUGUCGACGAGGAUGAGGAUGAAUCGAAUUUCACUCAAUCGUGGCAUGAGAACUCCUAUGGGCGAACUAUCCUCUCUCCGAAUAUGGGGCAGAGUCGUCGGAUCCUUCCUGUUCGUCACAGCAAGGUUCAACAGCCCACCAUGGAUUUGGACGAAUUUGAGGAAGCCACCUUCCUCCGCCGCCGCGAGGAAGUUGAUGCAGAGGAUUCGCGGAUGUAUGGUGCUUGA